AUGAGUAAACUACAGAAUUUUAAUUCCAAACUCACGGGUCUGACAGCUGAAUCUACCUACUGUGAUGCGGGUAGAAAAAAACGUGUCAGGAACGAUCGACCAUGGCAUGGAGUAUGCGGUUUGAAUGGAUGUACUCUGCUUUACCGAUGCAUGCAGAUGGAAGAAGUUUUCCUUUGUGGAAUCAGCGGCGAUGAUGCCGGGUUCCGUCACUUUACUUUGCCCCCCGAAGCUACAUAUGUCUCAAGACCUGCGCUGGGGUUUUCCUUUCUCAAUUGUUAUUGGAAGCUUGAGGCUAUUCUGUAUAGAAAUCUCAUUGCUUUCGCUUAUAGCCAAUUUACUCUACUUUGGAUCUUCUUUAAGGCGAGGCUUUUAACCUUGAAGAUAUCGAUGGUCAAUGAUAGAAGUACAUAG